UUUCGGAGCCUGGACGUGCAGGAGCACACAGCGCUGACUGAGGAAAUUGUCUCUGAAAAAGGCCGACCCGAGGCUGGGUCUGAGCACUGGACUGGGCUAGGUGGAGGAACCUGCAGGUCGAAACGGAAAAGAGCGUUUAAUAUUUCCUGGGGUUUUGGCCAAUGCUACCGUUUUGAAGGUAAAAAGCAUUGCGCUUCAGGUGUUUUGUGAUUUUUUUUUUCUUUUUGUGUGUGUAUGUCUGCACAAUUGGCUCAUUUCAGAAUUCCAAGCCUUUAAUGUAAAAGAUCGGCGUUUUGUUUUGAUUUUUGAGAAAUUCACAAAUUUUGCUUCCCAGGGCCCCACUGGACUCCGUGCUGUGUACACACUGCUGUAUGGUUUUAUUUAUUUUAACUGUGCAAAUCAUCUGGAAGGUUUUUUUUUUUUCCCCGAGUGCCAUUUCGGAUUUGUUCAGCCUUUUUUGUUUUGUUUUGUUUUCCUUCCCUGGCAUUUUAAGCAUUUGGAAAACAGAGAUUUUUCAACCUUUGGAGCUUAAGGUUCCCUUGUCAACAGAAGGACAGCUGGGAAAACUGGAUUGAGAGGAUGAUUUUUAUCUGUCUGCAGUUAAGACUGAUAUUUUGAAGUCGCAUUCUUUCUGUGGUUUUUUAGCCCAUAGUACUAACCUUAAAGACACUUGUGGUUGACGUUUUGAUUUCUAAGAAGGUUUCUUUUUCUUUAUUUUUUUUUUCCAUUUUCUUUUUUAAGACAAGGGAAGGGGAGGCUAAAGAGUCAAGAGAGGAGGAGACAUGUUAAGUGGCGGGCGUACACUGGUUCUGCAGUUACCAGGGUCCUGACAACUGGAAGAAAAAGGAUUCAGUCUUCAACUUGGGAGGCCCUCCUCUCACCUUCCUUAAAAACCUUAAGGGAUUCCGGCCUGAUCAAGACAUCCAAAGAAGCUACAAGAUUCCGGAACUGUGAAGACACCGAGAAACCAUGAGCAUAAGAUUACCCCAUAGUAUAGACAGAUCAGCCAGUAAAAAGCAGUCUCACCUGUCCAGGUUAAGUAGCCUGUCUUCUCUGGGAGACUCUACACCUGAACGCACGUCCCCUUCCCACCACCGCCAGCCCUCUGACACCUCUGAAACAACAGGUCUUGUUCAACGUUGUGUCAUCAUCCAAAAGGACCAGCAUGGCUUUGGCUUCACAGUUAGUGGGGACCGAAUUGUGCUGGUGCAGUCUGUGCGCCCUGGAGGUGCAGCCAUGAAAGCCGGUGUGAAAGAGGGUGACCGGAUCAUCAAAGUGAACGGCACCAUGGUGACCAAUAGCUCACACCUGGAGGUGGUGAAGCUUAUCAAAUCUGGUGCUUAUGUUGCACUUACCCUCCUGGGCUCAUCUCCUUCCUCCAUCGGUGUCUCUGGGCUCCAGCAGACCCCAUCUCUGGCAGGAAUACCCAGAGUUAACCCCAUGAUUCCACCACCACCUCCUCCUCCACCCUUGCCACCUCCACAACACAUUACAGGACCCAAACCUCUGCAGGACCCUGAAGUUCAAAAGCAUGCCACUCAAAUCCUCAGGAGUAUGCUGAGACAGGAGGAGAAGGAGCUACAGCGUAUCUGUGAGGUGUAUAGUCGGAACCCCGCCAGCCUGCUAGAAGAGCAAAUCGAAGGUGCCCGGCGGCGAGUCACUCAGUUACAGCUGAAGAUCCAGCAGGAGACUGGUGGCUUAGUGGACAUACUUCCACUCUAUAGUGACACCAGCCAGAGAACAUCUGAAGGCCGUCUCUCUCUGGAUUCCCAGGAAGCAGACAGUGGCUUGGACUCUGGAACAGAGCGCUUUCCCUCCAUCAGUGAGUCGUUGAUGAAUCGGAACUCAGUAUUGUCAGAUCCUGGACUAGACAGCCCUCAAACCUCCCCUGUAAUCCUGGCCAGAGUGGCCCAGCACCACAGGCGACAGGGCUCUGAUGCAUCAGUGCUCCCACCCAACGACCAGGGUGUAGAUCAAAGCCCAAAGCCUCUGAUUAUUGGCCCAGAGGAAGAUUAUGACCCAGGUUAUUUCAACAAUGAGAGCGACAUCAUCUUCCAAGAUCUUGAAAAACUGAAGUCACAUCCAGCUCAUUUGGCAGUUUUUCUACGUUACAUCUUCUCUCAGGCAGACCCUGGUCCACUGCUUUUUUAUUUGUGUUCAGAAGUUUAUCAACAGACAAAUCCCAAAGAUUCCCGAAGUUUGGGGAAAGACAUCUGGACUAUUUUCCUAGAGAAAAAUGCGCCUCUCAGAGUGAAGAUCCCUGAGAUGUUGCAGGCUGAAAUUGACCUGCGCCUGCGGAAUGGUGAAGACCCUCGCAGUGUUCUCUGUGAAGCUCAGGAGACAGUCAUGCUGGAGAUCCAGGAACAGAUCAAUGACUAUAGAUCAAAGCGCACCCUGGGGCUGGGCAGCCUCUAUGGUGAGAAUGACCUGCUAGACCUGGAUGGGGACCCUGUUAGAGAGCGCCAAAUGGCGGAGAAGCAGCUGGCUGCCCUUGUAGAUAUCUUGUCCAAGUAUGAGGAAGACCGGAGUGCUCCCAUGGACUUUGCCCUUAAUACCUACAUGAGCCAUGCUGGGAUCCGGCUUCGGGAGGCAAGACCCUCCAGCACAGCAGAAAAGGCCCAGUCUGCUCCUGACAAGGACAAGUGGCUGCCUUUCUUCCCUAAGACCAAGAAGAGCAGUAAUUCCAAGAAAGAAAAGGAUGCCUUGGAGGACAAGAAGCGGAACCCCAUCCUCAGAUACAUUGGAAAGCCCAAAAGCUCUUCUCAGAGCACAUUUCAUAUUCCCUUGUCCUCUGUGGAAGUUAAGCCAGGCAAUGUGAGGAACAUCAUUCAGCACUUUGAGAACAGCCAUCAGUAUGAUGUCCCAGAGCCGGGGACACAACGACUCUCAACAGGAAGCUUUCCUGAGGACCUGCUGGAGAGUGACAGUUCUCGCUCAGAGAUUCGCCUGGGCCGCUCUGAGAGCCUCAAGGGCCGGGAAGAGAUGAAGAGAUCUCGGAAAGCAGAGAAUGUGCCCCGAUCCCGAAGUGAUGUUGACAUGGAUGCUGCUGCUGAGGCCACUCGCCUUCAUCAGUCAGCCUCAUCCUCUGCCUCCAGCCUCUCCACCAGGUCCCUUGAGAACCCAACCCCUCCCUUCACACCCAAAACGGGCCGCAGGAGCAUUGAGUCCCCCAAUCUGGGGUUCUGUUCAGAUGUUGUCCUUCCCCAUCUUCUGGAGGAUGAUCUGGGCCAGCUGUCUGACCUGGAGCCAGAGCCAGAUGUCCAAAACUGGCAGCAUACAGUAGGCAAGGACGUGAUGGCAGGGCUAACACAGAGGGAGAUUGACCGGCAAGAGGUCAUCAAUGAGCUGUUUGUGACAGAAGCAUCCCAUCUGCGCACCCUCCGGGUCUUGGACCUCAUCUUCUACCAGCGCAUGAAAAAGGAGAACCUAAUGCCUCGGGAAGAGCUGGCGAGGCUCUUCCCUAAUCUGCCUGAACUCAUAGAGAUUCACAAUUCCUGGUGUGAAGCUAUGAAGAAGCUCCGGGAGGAGGGUCCCAUUAUCAGAGACAUCGGGGAUCUCAUGCUGGCUCGGUUUGAUGGUCCUGCCCGAGAGGAACUCCAGCAAGUAGCUGCGCAAUUCUGUUCCUAUCAGUCAGUAGCCCUAGAGCUAAUCAAGACUAAGCAGCGUAAGGAGAGCCGGUUCCAGCUCUUCAUGCAGGAGGCUGAGAGCCACCCUCAGUGCCGGCGGCUGCAGCUUCGAGACCUGAUCAUCUCUGAAAUGCAGCGGCUCACCAAGUACCCUCUGCUGCUGGAGAAUAUCAUCAAGCACACAGAGGGUGGCACACCAGAACAUGAAAAGCUCUGCCGUGCCCGGGACCAGUGCAGAGAGAUUCUCAAGUUUGUAAAUGAAGCAGUGAAGCAGACAGAGAACCGUCACCGAUUAGAGAGCUACCAGAAACGCCUGGAUGCCACUGCCCUAGAGCGGGCCAUCAACCCCUUGGCAGCAGAGUUCAAGAGCCUGGAUCUUACAACGAGGAAGAUGAUCCAUGAGGGACCCCUGACCUGGAGGAUCAGCAAAGAUAAGACCCUGGACCUCCAGGUGCUGUUACUGGAGGACCUCCUAGUGCUGCUACAGAGACAAGAGGAGAGGCUAUUGUUGAAGUGCCACAGCAAGACAGCUGUGGGCUCCUCAGACAGCAAGCAGACCUUCAGCCCUGUGCUAAAGCUCAAUGCUGUGCUCAUCCGCUCCGUGGCCACAGAUAAACGAGCCUUCUUCAUCAUCUGUACUUCGGAACUGGGCCCUCCCCAGAUCUAUGAACUGGUUGCAUUGACAUCAUCAGACAAGAAUAUAUGGAUGGAACUCUUAGAAGAAGCCGUGCAGAAUGCCACCAAGCACCCUGGAUCUGCCCCAACACCCAUCCAUCCCUCACCACCAGGAUCCCAGGAGCUAGCCUACCAGGGCUCCACCCCUAACAGGGUAGAAAUAAAUGACUCAGAAGUUUACCAUAAUGAACCAGAACCCAAGGAACUGUCUGGAGGCCCUGGGCCCCAGCAGAGAGAUCAAGAGAAGCAGCUGGUAGCACAAGAAGAGCCUGAGCAGGAGGAGGAUGCAGAGGAGCUGAGAGCCCUGCCUCACCCUCCCCCCUCCCUGGAUGGAGGCAUCAGGACAAGGGACCCUGUCCUUCUGGCCCUCACAGGCCCUCUACUCAUGGAAGGACUUGCUGAUGCUGCCCUGGAAGAUGUGGAGAACUUGCGGCACCUGAUCCUGUGUGGCCUGCUGCCUGGUCACACUGUGAAGACUCAGGCUGCUGGUGAGCCUGAGGAUGACCUCACACCCACCCCUUCUGUCAUCAGCAUCACUUCUCACCCCUGGGACCCAGGAUCCCCAGGGCAAGCUCCCACUGUAGGUGACAACACCCAGCUUCUGAGGCCAGAGGGAAGCCAGCCAGAGGGGGAGGAUUUGGCACUCUAUUCUCUGGCACACCUGCCUCCAAGGACCAGAAAUUCUGGCAUCUGGGACUCUCCUGAGCUGGAUAGGAACCCAGCUGAAGAGGCUUCAAGCACAGAACCAACAGGAAGUUACAAAGUUGUAAGAAAAGUCUCUCUUCUCCCUGGUGGUGGUGUCGGUGCAGCCAAGGUGGCGGGCAGCAAAAUUAUCCCUGCGCUACCAGAGAGUGGCCAGUCAGAAUCUGAGAUAUCUGAAGUGGAAGGCGGAGCACAGGCUACGGGGAACUGUUUUUAUGUCAGCAUGCCAGCAGGACCUCUGGACUCCAACACUGAGCCUACCGGGACACCGCUAAGUCCCUCACAGCCCCACAGCCUCCCUACAUGGCCAACAGAGCCUCGGUACCAGAGGGGAGGCAUUGAGGAUCAAAUAUGUUCCACCUGCUCUCCCCCGAACCUGGUCCUCAGGGAUGUGGGUAUAAUCUUCCAUACCAUCGAGCAGCUUACCAUCAAGCUUCACAGACUCAAGGACAUGGAGCUGGCUCACAGAGAGCUUCUCAAGUCCCUUGGAGGAGAGUCAUCUGGUGGAACCACUCCUGUGGGCAGUUUUCACACAGAGGCAGCCAGAUGGACAGACCACUCUCUCUCUCCUCCAGCCAAGGAAGCCCUGGCCUCUGACUCCCAAAAUAGUCAGGAGCAGGGAUCCUGCCCUGAAGGCUCCGACACCCCCAUGGAAGACAGUGCCACAGACACAGCUGCAUCACCAGGACCAUAGCCAUCCAGACAACCUGAGCCUCUGCUUCUUCACUCUGCCGGAAUCUGGCCUGGGCCAGAGCACAACACUUGGAGACCCAAGCCUCCCCUUGAAAGAUGCAGCAGAAGCCCGGGGAGAGACUUGCAUGUUGCUUGGUCUGUUCACAUUGGACAGUUUCAGUGUCUCUUCCUAUUAGCCAAGUCUCCAUGGCUUUCAUCUCCUAAGCAUGCUGACCACAACAGAAAGGUCUCCCACAGUGGUCUACCCCUUCACUCCACAUAGCUAUGUAGCAUGUGUGGGGUGUGCUGUGUGUACAGUACCCUCAGGUGUGCAAGUCGAGGGAGGAGACUUCUGUGUAAAUGCACUUUUUUCCUCCCCUUCUUCCUAGGCCUGUGACAGCUGGGUGCCUGACUCUCCUCUCUUUCCCUUUAGUUUCCUAUAAAUAUGUCUAUUGUAUGUGCAUUUUUGCCAUUGUAAAUAACUUAGCCUUCUCUCUGUCAGAGACAGCUGAGAGCAGUCAGCAGCCCAGUUCAGGGUGGUGACUGUCUAUGUCCCAUCCAGACUCCAGCCCUGUCAAGCUCCAGGGCCCUCCUCAUUGUCAGGAAAUGAGCCUGUGGGGAGCAUCUUGCCUGACCCAUGCCCACCCCUUCUCCACUUGCCCCAUAGAAACAAAUACAACAGGUACGGAGCUCAAAAGACCCUAAGACAGCAGAGUCCCUGAGUUAAUUCAGGGCCCACAGCAGCAUUGGUUCAUUGCCGUGUCCUCACUCCACUCCCCACUGAUGAACAUACACACUGUGCUAGGUGUAUAUAUACAUAUAUAUAAAUAUAUAUAAUAUAUAAAAUAUA